CCCGUCCUUUCCCCCUGCCCCACCCCCGCCGAUGGGCCGGCCCGGCUCUCCCUGCCGAGGAAUGGACCGGCCCGGCGGCGCGCGGGCAGCAGCGGCCCAAGAUGGCGGAGCUGCAGCUGGACCCGGCGGUUGCGGGGCUGGGAGGGGGUGGCGGGAGUGCGGUGGGCGACGGAGGAGGCUCGGGCCGCGGACCCCCCAGCCCUCGUCCAGCCGGCCCCACGCCCCGCGGACACGGCCGCCAGCCCGCCGCCGGCGCGCAGCCGCUGGAGCCGGGGCCCGGACCUCCGGAGCGGGCGGGGGGCGGCGGGGCGGCCCGCUGGGUCCGGCUGAACGUGGGCGGCACCUACUUCGUGACCACCAGACAGACCCUAGGCCGGGAGCCCAAGUCCUUCCUCUGCCGCCUGUGCUGCCAGGAGGACCCGGAGCUGGACUCGGACAAGGACGAGACCGGAGCAUAUUUGAUUGACAGAGACCCCACCUACUUUGGUCCUAUCCUAAACUACCUCCGACAUGGAAAACUCAUCAUUACCAAGGAGUUGGCAGAAGAAGGUGUGCUGGAAGAAGCAGAGUUUUACAAUAUCGCAUCUCUCGUGCGGCUGGUUAAGGAAAGGAUACGUGACAAUGAGAACAGAACUUCACAAGGCCCUGUGAAGCACGUGUACAGGGUGCUGCAGUGUCAAGAGGAGGAGCUCACUCAGAUGGUCUCCACCAUGUCGGAUGGCUGGAAAUUCGAGCAGCUAAUCAGCAUUGGCUCCUCCUAUAACUAUGGGAAUGAAGACCAGGCAGAAUUCCUCUGUGUUGUCUCCAGAGAACUAAAUAAUUCUACCAACGGCAUCGUCAUAGAGCCGAGCGAAAAGGCCAAGAUUCUUCAGGAGAGAGGCUCUCGGAUGUAGGCAGAAUUUGAAGUUCAGAAACCCUGAAGGCGAGAGAGCGCUGGGCCGAGCAGCUGCGAGGAGACCCUGCACUGUACAGUAACUGAGCUACUGAGAAGCAGAGCUGCGUCUGGUCCCGGAGAAGUGUCGGCCAAAACCAGAGGAGCCCCGCCCGCCUGGGAAGACAGUGCACCUCUUGACACAUGGCCCCUUUUCAGAAACCUGCUUUUGUUUUCUAGCCAGUGUUAUGGCAGACCUUCACGACAGCAUCUGGGAUGGGUACCUGGCUGGAGCCUUGUGGGGAGCUGGGGGGGGAGGAAGGCCCAGCUCCUCAAACAGUCUAGAUGCGAAAAGCUGGAGCAGAGGAAGAAGGAUAGUUCUGAGCUGUGCCUUGGCUCAGCCUGAGCUGUGUGCCAUGCCCAACGCUGACAGCUGCUUCAGCCAUUCUUCCCUGACCUAGUCAUUCUUUGAGGUUGGAGGGGAUUUCACAUUGGUGUGUUGAACUGAGGUUUUAGGUACAGAAUGAAGUUCAGAGGACCCGCAAUCCUAUGAACAGAGCCUCAGAGGCAAGAGGAUGAGGGGUCCUGUGCUGCGCUUGGAGGGUGGUGGUUGCUGUUGCUGUCCCCACAAGUGGCUUCGCCCGGUUUGUCUCCCACAGCUGGGCCCCCUGAGGCCCUCCCUCACCCAGCAGUUUUGAGGCUCUGGCGCCUAGGCCAUGCUGCACGACAGUGGGACAAAGCAGCUGGUGUAACUGCUUCUGCAGCCUUUUCUGACCUGGUUGACCCAUCUGCCUCCCCCAGCUUCUUGAACUGGACCAAAGAGAAAGGACUUUGUGGACCCUCUGUAAUGGCUUGGGGUGAGGAAGCCUGUUUCUGUGGACGCUGACAAAUGUGUUAUGUUGUUUUAGCUAAAAGUAGUGGUGUUUUUGUGAUUGUCUCUUGAACAUGCACUGACUGAUAGGUGA